AUGUCUCGGGGCGGUAGCCACGGGGAGCUGGGCCAGAGGAUCGAUUACGUAUUCAAGGUGGUGCUCAUCGGCGACUCCGCUGUGGGCAAGUCGCAGCUGCUCGCCCGCUUCGCCCGCAACGAGUUCAACCUCGACUCCAAGGCCACCAUCGGAGUCGAGUUCCAGACGCGCACCCUCAACAUCGACGCCCGCACCGUCAAGGCACAGAUCUGGGACACCGCAGGCCAGGAAAGGUACCGAGCAGUAACAAGUGCCUACUACAGGGGUGCAGUUGGAGCUAUGUUAGUAUAUGACAUAACCAAGCGCCAGUCCUUUGAUCAUGUGGCUAGGUGGCUUGAGGAACUACGUGGCCAUGCUGAUAAGAACAUUGUUAUCAUGCUUAUUGGUAACAAAUCUGAUCUGGGAACACUUCGUGCUGUCCCAACUGAGGAUGCAAAAGAGUUUGCUGAGCGUGAGAACCUCUUCUUCAUGGAGACCUCUGCACUUGAGGCUAUCAAUGUUGAAAAUGCUUUCGUGACUGUACUGACGGAGAUUUACCGGAUUGCCAGCAAGAAAAACCUUGUUGCCAAUGAGGAGUCUGAUUCUAGUGGAAAUUCGAGUUUACUGAAAGGAACAAAGAUUGUUGUCCCUGGUCAAGAGCCACCCCCUACAUCCAAGGCAACAUGUUGUAUGUCCUCCUAA